AUGACGACCCCGCAGGAUACCGCCACGGCUCCCGGUGUUGUUGCUGGUUCUGGCUCUGGUUCUGAGAAGGACCAGCAGCCGCCCGACGAGGCCUAUGACGCGCAGGUUUGGCGCGGCUCGAACAAUCACUCGGACGAAGAGACCCCUCCAGAUGUGAAGAGCCCGGGUUCGGACACAGUACAGCCCAAGGCGCCGCCACUGCAGAAGCGACGGAGGGUGACGAGGGCUUGCGAUGAGUGUCGACGGAAGAAGAUCAAAUGCGACGGCAAGCAGCCGUGUACCCAUUGCACGGUUUACAGCUACGACUGCACCUAUGAUCAGCCUUCGAACCGCCGGCGAAAUCCUGCCCCGCAGUAUAUCGAAGCUCUCGAGAACCGGGUGCACAAAGCGGAGGCCAUUCUCCGCGCGGUCAUCCCCGAUCUUGACAUCAACGAUCCUCGCUUCGAUACCGUUGGCCAGGAAGAGCUGGUGGCGCGGAUCAGAGACCGGUUGAAGAUCUCCGACGAUGCGGACUCGGACUCGGCGGGACAGCAGCCAGCGGGCCACGAGCGGGGUGAGGAAUCGCUUCUGGAAUCGAUGGUCGAUAAUACGGGCCUGCUUGAUGUUGACGACCAAGGCCACUGGGAUUACCAUGGCCACUCGUCCGGGUUGAUAUUCAUGCGCCGUUUGCGGAAACAGUUUGGCAACCUUCCCGACCCUCGACCCGAGGACCGGCCCACAACCAAGUUCCAGAACAUCUCCCACAUCCUCGAGGGCGCGAAAUCGUCCUCGGAAUCCCCAAUUGACUCCCAUCUGUCCCCGCUUCAUGACUUGCCGGACAGAGACGUUGCCCGCAAACUCUGUAUGAAUACCCUCGAGGAUGCCUGCUGUAUAAUGCCGUUGCUGCACAUGCCCAGCUUCUAUGUCAUGUUCGAUCGAAUAUAUGAUACCCCGCCGGAGAAUUUCUCCAACGAGGAGAACAGUUUCUUGCCCUUGCUAUAUCUUGUCCUCGCCGUGGGCUGUCUCUUUAGAGGGGUUGGCGAUUCUACAUUCGAUAAGUCGGGUUACGAGAGCGCAACGGAUCAAGGGUUUCGAUAUUUCAAAGCGGGGCGGCAGCUUCUUGACAUCACUGAAUGCCGUGACCUCACCUCUCUGCAAACUGUCUGCUUCAUGAUCCUAUUCCUCCAGUCGUCAGCAAAUAUCAGCACUUGCUACUCCUACAUUGGCAUUGCGCUGCGUGCGUCGCUUCGCCUUGGACUCCAUCGAUCCGUCUCGGCCAAUUUUAACCCUAUCGAGCUAGAAACUCGCAAGAGGGUAUUCUGGGUGGUGCGCAAGAUGGAUGUCCACGUCAGUACAAUCCUUGGUCUGCCAUCCAUGCUCAGCGAGGACGACAUCGAUCAAGAAUACCCGCAAGCCGUCGAUGAUGAGUUCAUCACCGCGGAGAGGAUUCUACCAGUCCCGCUGAACCAUAUCACUCUGAUGGCCGGGGUGAACGCCCACAUCCGUCUGGGUCGCAUUGUCAUGAAAGUGCUGAAGUAUAUCUACCCGAUCAAAAUCGCAAAUCAGAGCGCAAACCAUACGUACAUGGUGAGCCACUCGAAAAUUCGCGAACUCGAGCGUGAUUUGCAGGCGUGGCAUGAGGAUCUCCCCGAUUCAUUCAGACCCGGGGGGGAUGCCCCUCCGCAUAUUGAAAGGGUAAGGCAAUUACUUCGGAUAGGUUAUGCCCACGCGCAGAUGGUGAUGUAUCGGCCAUUCCUCCAUUAUGUCACCGGCAACUCCCAAGAGCGGAAAAUUGACAAACGGUCCUUUGCAUGUGCGGCUGCCUGCGUGAGUGUGGCGCGCAAUGUCGUUCACAUUACUGCUGGCAUGAAAGAGAAAAAGCUUCUCAACGGCUCCUACUGGUUCACGAUGUACACGACGUAUUUUGCGGUUUUGUCGCUCCUCUUUUUCAUCCUUGAAAACCCCGAGUCGGCUACUGUCAAGGAUGGCAUUUUGAAAGAUGCGCUCGAGGGCAAGAAUGCGCUUGCCGGACUUGCUAAGAAUAGCAUGGCUGCAGAUCGGAAGCGUGCUCAACCUACACCACCACCAGCAUCGAAAACCAAGGGAACAAUGACUCCGCCACACUCUAACUCUGCUACUCCAUCGGAAAAUAUGGUCGUGCAGCCUCCCCAAAGAUCAAAAACAUUCCCUGUUCAUCUUGUGUCGAAGCAAGUGGGCCAAGCAAAGAUUCAGACACUAGGGGCCAGUGUUGACGAUAAUCAUCAUUUUCAGGCCGCACGCUCGUGGAGGGUGAAUGAGCAGUCCCCUCUUGGUCUGUCUCAGGCUACUCCAUCAUCUGUUAAUGAUGAGGAUAUGUUUCGAAGUUCGUUGACGCCGUCACCGUCGCCAAUCUCUGUCUCUCAGCAAUCGCUUUUGCCUGCUAAUCUCCACCAGCAGCAGAAUCAUCAGCAACAGCAACAGCAACAACAAGAACAGCCACCUUCGGUGUCAUCGUCUGUGAAACAGGACACUUCGUUUUCUCCUCCCUUGGAUAGUAUGGCCUAUAUACCGGAUCUGAUGCCCAUGAUGUUCCCGUCUGACGACCCGUUCGCCUAUCCCACUCAACCCAUGUCGACGCUUGAAAAUAACCAUUUCAAAGGCGAAUCCAACAUCGCGGGAGCGCAGUUUGGAUUCACAUCGUCCUCGUCCUCUGCAGAUCCAACAUCAGCGUCUACUCCAAUUCUAGACCCGUUCCACCGCUUCCAGUCCUUCAGCAGCAAUAAUAACAACCAGGAUACAUCCGGUAGCACAGCCUCCUCGUUACCACCCCAUCUGAAACAGUUCCCCCAGCUUUCCACCCUUGGCGACCCAAUGGCAUCCGCAUCAUCGUCUACGUCACCCGGAGGCCUCUUACAAAGUCCCGAACUCAUCUCGAUGUCGGAUGAGUCUUUCUUCUGGCAGGACCUAAAAUCACACCAGCUGUCACAACCUCAACAUCCAUCAUCCCAACAGCAGCAGCAUCAUCCACAUGACAGCCGUGACCACCAUAUGUCAGGAACCCCCGGAUUCGGCAUGGGGAUGGGGAUGGGGAUGGGGAUGGGGAUGGGGAUGGGAGUGGCUGGUUUCGGCGGCCUCGGAAUGGGCAUGGGGAUGAAUAUGGGAGUUGACUUGGAUGAUAUACUGGGCAAUAUAACCGCUGGCGCGGCCAACGAUGCUGCUGAUGGCGUAGGUACCGCGGGGCCAGAGGGGAGUAUCGAGUGGAGCCAGUGGACGGACACGGGAUUAUGA